AUGGACGACAAGAAGAUGUUCGAGGAGCUAGCUUCCAAGUUUUUGAGCCUUUACAGGCGAAAUGUUAUCCAUAAGUUCAAGCAAGCAUCCAAUUCUGGAAGAUUUCAGGCAUUACUACAGAAAAAUGAAUUUGCUCGAACUCUCAGCAGUCUUAGCCAAAGUUUGUGUAGAAGGUACGAUGUUGAUCAAUGGCAAGCUCAAGUUUUGGAUACCGUGGAUUUAGAGACGAUUUACAAGAAUGUUGAUUCAAUGGAGGGCUCAGAAGACGAUUAUGUGGAUAGAUUGGUCAAGGAACUUCUACGAUAUUUCAAAAACGAUUUCUUCAAAUGGUGCAAUAGGCCUGAUUGUGAUCAUUGUGGGUGUCCAGGGGACCAAAUGAACCCGGUUGGCAACGAAUCACCCAAUUUUCAAGAACGUCAGUUUGACUGCGGCGGAGUGGAAAUUUAUGGAUGUCCCCAAUGCGGCCAAAGAACCAGAUUCCCACGUUAUAAUGACCCGAUGAAGCUCUUGCAAACACGCACCGGACGUUGCGGUGAAUGGUGCAAUCUUUUCAUGCUCUUUCUGAAAUCCUUCGGCAUUGAGUCCAGGUAUAUUUGGAAUCGUGAAGACCAUGUCUGGUGCGAGUUUUAUUCUGAAAACUUGAAAAAAUGGGUACACGUUGACUCCUGUGAACAGAGCUUUGACGAACCUCAUAUUUACUCAGUCAACUGGAACAAAAAAAUGAGUUAUGUCAUUGCAUUCGGUAGCACAACUGCCAUCGACGUCAGCAACAAAUACAUUGUUCAAAAUCAACUUCCCCGAGACUUGAUUGCAGAAGACGAUCUAUCGUUCUUGCUGAACACCAUUACUAAACGCCUGCGCUCUACAUUGAGUGAUGAUGAAAUCUAUAGACUUGCAUGUCGCGAUGAGCAAGAAGCUUGCGGCACCACAUCCGAUAAUUGCAAAGCUACGAGAACCAUUUCUACGCCUGAAGGUCGGCAAAGUGGUUCAACAGCUUGGAAAAAGUCUCGAGGCGAAGAUGGAUAA